UUUAUUUUUUUACUGUUAGGCAUUCAAACCAACAAUCAUGUCUGAAACCGUACCUGCCGCGCCUCCUGCUCUUUCUCCAGGGGAAAAACUGCCUGUGAAGAAAAAGGCCCGCAAGUCCGCUGGUGCCGCGAAGCGCAAGGCGUCCGGGCCCCCGGUGUCCGAGCUCAUCGCCAAGGCUGUCGCCGCCUCCAAGGAACGCAGCGGCGUGUCUCUGGCUGCGCUCAAGAAGGCGCUGGCCGCCGCCGGCUACGAUGUGGAGAAGAACAACAGCCGCAUCAAGCUGGGUCUCAAGAGCCUGGUGAGCAAGGGCACCCUGGUGCAGACCAAGGGCACUGGCGCCUCGGGUUCUUUCAAGCUCAACAAGUCGGCCACUGGGGAAGCCAAGCCCAAGGCUAAGAAGGCGGGCGCGGCCAAGCCCAAGAAGCCUGCAGGAGCGGCUAAGAAGCCCAAGAAGGCGACGGGGGCGGCCACCCCCAAGAAAAGCGCCAAGAAGACCCCAAAAGCGAGAAAAACAGUAACAGCUACCGGGGCCAAGAAAGUGGCCAAGAGCCCGAAACCGCAAAAGGUGAAGACAGCCAAACCGAAGGUGGCCAAGAGUCCAGCGAAAGCCAAAGUUCAUAAGCCCAAGCCAAAAAAGGCGGCCGCCAAAAAGUAAGAAAAAUUUUGAAAGACCUACUUCAUUCAGUAUCUUAAAGGCUCUUUUCAGAGCCACCCAAAUAAUCUUUUAUUAAAGAGCUUGUAAUACUACUUUUCCAUGGAGGCGGCACCUAUUUCUUCCCUCGUAACAUAACUACCAGUAUACAGCAUUCUUUCACAGAAGAAGGUGGUUGGCUCUGAAAAGAGCCUUUGGGUUGAAGGUUAGCACUUAUCGGGAAAAGCAAAUCUAUGCCCUCUCCCCGCGGAUGCGGCGAGCAAGCUGGAUGUCCUUGGGCAUGAUGGUGACAC